AUGUGGACCUGUGUCAUCGACAAACUCGACUUGUUGGCAGGUCUUGCGCCUGCUGAGCUUGAGCGCCUGCGCGAGAUUUCCACCCUGUUUAUGCAAAGAAAACAGUUCUUUGGUAUCUACGAGAUGGAAAUUAGCAAUGAGGUCCGUGUCGCAAUUGCUGCUCAAGCCUGCCUGCUGAUCCUGAAUCGAACAGCGUCGCAUGAGACACAUCCCUAUCCAGGCUGGUCAUCCAUCAUUCUUUACCCGGGACCUUUUGUUACCCGGCAUAACUUUCGAGACGCCAUAGGCGUGGUGCAUGAACAGAUUGCUGCACUGGAAGGGGAAACGAGUCGCAGCGGCCCCAUUGUGCUCUCCUGGGAAGAUGCCCGUCGGAGCGCCACCGCGCCUGGAGAGGGAAGAAACGUGGUACUUCACGAAUUUGCCCACAAACUCGACUUCAUGAAUGGCGUGAGCAACGGAUUCCCGCCUCUGCCCGCCGGCAUGUCGGUUGAAGACUGGUCGCGGUCGUUCACUCACGCCUUCGAGCACUUACGCCAUCGCGUUGAUCACCAUCAUCCGACGCCGUUCAAUUCCUAUGCCGCAACCAAUCCAGCUGAGUUUUUUGCGGUCAUGACCGAAGCGUUCUUCCAGAUCCCUCAUCAUUUAAGGGAGAUCUAUCCGCACGUCUACGAGCAGCUUCAGCGAUACUACAAGCAGGAUCCGAUUCAACGACGGCCGCCAGUGGUGAUAUUUGAUGGAGCAUUUUUUAUGAGUCAUGACGAAAAGCAUCGCGCACAUCGUGUGGGUUGGCUGCGUGCCGCGGUACUGGGCGCCAACGAUGGCAUUGUGUCUACAGCGAGUCUGAUUAUUGGCGUAGCUGCAGCGGGCACCACACAGGAAAACAUUCUGCUCGCGGGGGUUGCCGGGUUGGUUGCGGGCGCCAUGUCCAUGGCUGCUGGAGAAUACGUGUCGGUGAGUUCUCAGUCAGAUACUGAAAAUGCAGAUCUGGCGCUGGAAAGAAAAUCACUAGAGCAGAACCCCAUGUUCGAAAAGAAGGAGCUGGCAAAGAUAUAUGAAGAAAGAGGGGUUGAGCCUGAGCUGGCAAUACAGGUUGCACAUCAACUGAUGAGGCAUGACGCUCUCGGGGCUCACGCGCGUGAUGAAAUUGGUAUUUCGCCGAAUGGCGCCGCUCAACCCGUUCAAGCCGCGUUCUCUUCAGCCGGGACGUUUACCGUUGGGGCGGCGUUGCCGCUGUGUGUAGCAUGGGUAAUGCCCGCCGCUUCGCAGAUACUUGCGAUUGCAAUAUCGUCACUUUUCUUCCUGGCACUGCUUGGUGUUAUUGCCGCGCGUGCGGGUGGCGCACCGAUGAUAACCGGCGCGGUCAGGGUUACUUUCUGGGGUGCCCUGGCGAUGGCUUUGACCGCAGGUGUAGGGCAAUUAUUCGGCGUGGUGAGUUGA